AUGACACAGACAACCUCCAACAACAACAAUAAUGAACUGGAUACAGAACUAUCGAAAAAUCUAGCCAAAUAUUCGUUACUGCUAGAUAAAUUAUCCACAUCAUCGCAAGUGGACAAACUAUCCAUAAUAAUUGAAAAUGAUCGUACCAACCAACAAACCAAAUUGAACAAUUUCAUCCAAGAAUCACAAUUGUCACAUAAUAAACAAAUCAGGAAAUUGGAACUGCAAAGAACAGAUCUUACCACUACAUUAACCAAAUACCAUUCCAUUUUGUCCAAUCUGCAAGCUUCCAAUUGGAAGGGACAACUAAUUAACAAGAACAUCAAGUCCAUAGACAAUGAAAGGAUAAUCAUCCAAGAUACUUUGGAUUUCUUAAAGGAUAUAAGAACUUUGAAAAAUAACAUCACUUUGAUCGAUAGUGCCAUCAAGGAGGAAAAUUAUCAAGUGGCAGCUACGUCCAUUCAAGAGAUUACGAAUUUGCCUCAUUAUGAACAAUUGAUAAAUUCAGAAUUUGCGAAAAAGAUUGUGCCAUCGUCUACCAUACCGGAAGAACCCAGUAUUCUUCUGGAUAAUUGGUGUAUGGAAUUGACUCAAUUGUUUAAAGAACAGUUCAUAGCCGCUGCGAAUGAAAACGAUGUAGAUACAUUGACAUUGGUGUUUAAGAUGUUCCCCAUGGUGGGGCAGGAUUCAUUGGGAUUAGAUCUUUAUUCUAAAUAUGUUUGUGAUAUUAUUGCUGAGGAAAGUAGAAAAAUUUUGACUCAAAAAAUAUCUCAGUCGACUAAUACCUCUUAUUAUUCACAGGCUUUAUUGCAUUUGUUUAAAAUUGUUUCCACCAUUAUUAAUGACCAUUCAAAGAUUAUCGCCACUUGUUAUGGGAAAAAAUUUAUGAUUCAUGUGAUGGAAAAUGUUGAAAAGGAAGCAGAUUUGCAAGCUGGGUUGUUACUAGAUAUAUUCGCUGAAUCCAGAAACUUAGAUGGCAUUGUCAAGGAUAUUGAUGAUUGGAAUCUAAGGCAAAGAAAGCACGCCCAAAGACAAAAGCAAAGAACAAUCAACAAUUCAAUGAGUGAUCAUAAUGAAGUUGAUAAUGACGAUGGUGGAGAUGAUUCCAGUAUGAUGAACUUUUCAAUGAACCAACUGGUCGUAUUGGUGAAUGAAUUUUCUCAAAUCUUACAAAAUUGGUCCAUGUAUGCCAGGUUCUUUUCUGUAAGAUGGAACGAAUUUUCAGAUUUGGAACCAGCAAAUAUAUUAAUUGCACCAACCCCAAUUUCCAAUAGUAAAUUUAUUAAAAAACUGAACGAAGAACAGUUUCUUUCCAAUUUUGAAAAAUUAACAAUGUACUACUUACAGAAAUCUUUUUCCAAUAGUAUUUCCAUUGAAGAAUUACCUAAGCUUAAUGACUUGAUUGAAUUACCAACAUUUGUUCAUAAAGAAGAGUCAUUAUAUCCAAUCACUUCAGUUUUGGAAGAUUUAUCUUUGCUGAUUAGAAAAAAUUUAAUUUCCAAUGUAAACACAGGACAGUUCGAAUUAUUUCAAAGUUUUAUUGAUCAAUUAUCUACAUUUAUUCAAAAUGAAUAUUUAGUGAAAUUCAUGCAGGUAAGAUUGAAGAUGUUACAACCAAAAUUAAGUGGCUCGAUUGGACUAAAGAAAUAUGUCCCUAAAAUAGAUUCCACUUCACCAUUACCAUCACGUACAGUUUCACCUAUGAAUACUAAUGCUUCUUCUUCAAUUAAUGCACAUGGCGUCCCCAAUCUCAAACUAUCAAGCUUAAGUAAGUUUGAUUUUAGAGGUGCCGCAGCAUCAGCAUUAACAAAUAUCCAAUCAAAUUUACAAACAGGUUUUAUUGAGGAAGCAAUUACUACUAACGUAGAAUCAGCCAUCUUCCUCCAUCAUUAUCUGAUUUAUAUUAAUUCGUUGUACGUCUCGAAGCUAUUGUUCCAUAAGUUAUUAAUUGAAGAACUCAUUGAAGAGAAUCCUAAGUUACUAAGUGAUAACUUCCCAUUUAAGGAAAAUUCAAAGACAUUAAUAACCAAAUUACAGUCUUGUGAGUCACUAAUUGAUAAACAAACAGAUAAAUUAAUUAAAUGGUCCAUCAAAUAUAUGUUUCAAAACAUCUUUUUAUCCAAAAUACGAGUCCUGUUGAAUCAAUUAUUUAUUAAUGGAGAUAAUAAUGAAAAUUUUUAUAUUGCUGGGAUGGAUAAUUAUGAAGAUUUAACAAAGAUUAACGAAUUCGUUAGAAAAUGGCAACAUCUUAUUAUACCAUAUCAAAAUGUUUUAUUUGAUAAAGGUAUAAAUGAAUUGCUGACAUUGGUUGUGGAGUUCAUAGUAAAUUUGUUAGAAAAGAGAUUCGAUUCAUUACAAGUAAACGAGCUGGGUGCCACAAAAUUAGAUAGAGAAUUGAGUUUGUUUAUUGGCACAGUUUGUGGAUUAAAUUAUAAAUUAAGAGAAAGAUUUACAAGGUUGACACAAAUUGUAUUACUACUUGGAUUUGACGACGAUGAUUUCGACGUGGAAACACAAGAUGUGAAGGAGGAUAUCAGCACUGGUAUCGAUUGGGUAUUGAGUCCCCAGGAACGUAUAGAGGCAAGAAAACUCAAGAUAGAUAGAAGAAAUUAA